GGAAGAGAGCAGAAGUACGCUCGUCGUAGAAUCUGACGAGGACGAGCCGAGUGGCGGAUGAGCUGGGCAGCGCGUAGUGAGCCGUGCAGCGAGGCCGCGCUGAGCCGCGCGCGCACAGUCGACCGCGCGCACGCCGCGUGUCAGCACGCGCCAUGAGCUCCGGGAAAAGAAAACUCUCGUUCCUCGGCUUCGCUCCGCAGCAGGCCGCAGGCGAUGACGAGGUGCAACUGGACGAGGAGAUGGACCGCGUGGUGUGGGGCGAGGGGCAGGGUCCACCGCCCAGCGACGCCACGCCGCGCAGGGAUCUCGCCGCCCCGCCACCCUACGCAACAGAUGCAGAUACUUCCCGGACUGGACCCGAGCAACUCGAACCUGCGACGGAUCCCCACCUGAAUCAGACGACGUCAGCGGCGGAGGAGCGACGCGUGCAGUUCGACGGAGGGAGCCCGGCGCCGCGCGCCGACGCCCCGGCCGUCGCGCUUGCGGACGCCGACCGACGCGCUGAGAGGAAUGCACGACACGGACACAAGUCGCGGAAGUACUCGUUGCAAGAGGGCGGGGAGCGAACUGCUUCUGACGAUGAAGGCCUUGAAGAAUCGCAGAGAGACCAGCUUAGUCACCGCACCGAUGACCCGCGCGCUCUUCGUCGUCACAAGAUACAACCCAAGACAUCAACGGUCCACGUCGGUCGUAAGGAUGGCGGUGACAAGGUCCAGAACAUUCUUCCUGAUGCGACAUAUAAGAAAAUGUACGACCACAGUCCGCACGCGGUGUUCGUGCAACUGGACGAGCUGCUGGCGACGGAGGACGGCGAAGCGGAGUGGAAGGAGACGGCGCGCUGGAUCAAGUACGAGGAGGACGUGGAGGAGGGCUCGGCGCGCUGGGGGCGGCCCCACGUCGCGUCGCUCUCAUUCCACUCGCUGCUGAACCUGCGCCGCUGUCUAGAGACCGGCGUCGUGCUGCUAGACCUUGACGAGAAGGACUUGCCCGGCGUCGCCUACAGGGUCGUGGAGAGUAUGGUGACGGAAGGCCUGAUCGAGGAGGACGACAAGCCCGUCGUGAUGCGUUCGUUGCUGUUGCGGCACCGGCAUGUCCACGACGACCGCGGGUUUCGCUUUUCCAUCAGCAGCAAGAAGCCCGCAUCCUACAGCAGUCUGCAGAAUCUAUCGGAGCGUCGGCGGCGCAGCACGCACGCGCGGCCCUCGGCGGCCGGGCUGGACCCGCGCGAGGUCGAGUACCUGGCGCACGCUUCCGAGUCGCAGGAUGAGCUGCGCCGCACUCACAACGACUCGAUCCUGAAGCGCAUCCCGGACGACGCCGAGGCCACCACUGUACUGGUCGGCGCCGUCGGCUUCCUGGACCAGCCGACCAUCGCCUUCGUGCGUCUCGCCGAGGGAAUAUACAUGCCUUCGAUAACCGAGGUGCCCGUCCCGGUCCGAUUCAUGUUCAUUCUGUUGGGACCCGGUGGAGCUGAUCUCGACUACCAUGAGGUCGGUCGGUCUAUCUCGACGCUCAUGUCGAACCCUGCGUUCCACUCGAUCGCGUACAAGGCGGACGACCGUCGGGAGCUUCUCUCGGCUAUCAACGAAUUUCUCGACGACUCCAUAGUGUUGCCGCCCGGAGACUGGGAGCGCCAAGCGCUGCUGCCGCUCGAGGAGCUGCGCGCUAAGAGUGAAAUGAUCCGGCGUCGCAAAAUAAACGCCUUAGAGCGCAAGCGCAUCGUCGCGGACGGGGACAAGCCUUCAGACGAAAAGAAAGCGUUGCUCGCGGCCGAGGCAGGAGGGAUGCCUCCCGAAGAACCCGACGAUCCUCUCUCUAGAACGGGACGACUGUUUGGAGGUGUGAUCCGGGACAUGAAGAGGCGGUACCCCUUCUACGUGUCCGACUUUGUUGACGCGCUAAAUGGUCAAUGCGUCGCGGCCACCAUCUUCAUGUACUUCGCAGCGGUUUCCUCUGCUAUUACUUUCGGGGGACUGUUGGCAGAGAAGACAUACGGCAAAAUUGGUAUCUCCGAAACUCUGGUGUUCACGAGCGCUGGCGGCGUGCUGUUCGCGCUGGUGGCCGGCCAGCCUAUGAUGAUAACCGGAGCGACGGGGCCGCUGCUGCUGCUCGACGAGUCGCUGGCCAACUUCUGUCACUCGUACGGGUUCGACUUCCUCGCGGCGCGCAUGUACUGCGGCCUCUGGAUGAUAGUGAUCGCGCUAUGCGUCGCUUCCGUCGAGGGCAGCGUCGCAGUUAAAAAGAUUACCAGGUUCACUGAGGAUAUCUUCGCUUUCCUGAUAUCGUUGAUCUUCAUAUCGGAACCCAUCACGAGCACCAUCGCCGUGUACCGCGCCAACCCGCUCGGUAUCGACUACUGCCAGUUCCGAGAGGUGGCCCUCUCGAAUUCCACAGUGCAGCCGCUUCUAAACUCUACUUCAGUCGGUAACUCUAGCGUGGUCGCCCCAGCGCCGCCCGUCUCCAGACUGCCUCCGCAGCCCAACACGGCUCUCUUCUGCACCAUGCUGACGCUGGCCACCUUCGUCUUGGCGUACUACCUCAGAAUUUUUCGCAACGGCAAGUUCCUCGGUCGCAGCGCUCGUCGAGCGCUGGGUGAUUUCGGAGUGCCGAUCGCGAUCGUGCUGAUGGUCGGCAUCUCUUGCUUGGUGCCGGUGAAGACAGAGACCCUGGUGGUGCCGGCUGGUCUCAACCCCACUACUGUGCGCAGUUGGUUCGUGCCGCUCAAUCCUGGACUGGAGACCAUCCCGGCUUGGGCAGCUUUUGCUAUGGCGCUGCCGGCGCUCAUGGUUUACAUCAUCGUCUUCAUGGAAACGCACAUCGCCGAGUUGAUCAUCGCGAAGCCGGAACGGAGGCUGAAGAAGGGUAGCGGGUUUCACAUGGACAUCGUGAUAAUGUCGUUUGUGAACGCGCUGUGCGGCAUGUUCGGCGCGCCGUGGCAGUGCGUGGCCACGGUGCGGUCCGUGAGCCACGUGUCGGCGCUCACCAUCAUGUCUACGACGCACGCGCCGGGGGACAAGCCGCACAUCGUGGAGGUGAAGGAGCAGCGGCUGACGGGCCUGCUCGUGGCGGUGAUGGUCGGCAUCUCGGUGCUCGCUUCGGGCUGGCUCUGUCUCGUGCCCAUGGCGGUGCUCUUCGGCGUUUUCCUCUACAUGGGGAUCUCUGCGCUCGGCGGAAUACAGUUCUGGGACCGUUGUAUUCUACUUCUCAAGCCAGUCAAACACCACCCGCAACUUCCUUACGUUAGACGGGUGCCGACUCUGAAGAUGCACAUGUACACGCUGAUCCAAGUGGGCGGCGUGGUGGUGCUGUACGCGGUGAAGUCGUCGCGGUUCUCGCUGGCGCUGCCCUUCUUCCUGGUGCUGAUGGUGCCGCUGCGCAUGUCGCUCGUCUACAUCUUCACGCCGCUGCAGCUGCGCGCGUUGGACGGCGCCCAGAAAGAUAUAGACAAGGACGACGAGCCGGACUUCUACGAGGAAGCGCCGAUACCGGGCUAGAGGGCCCGCCUCCGCCACCGUCGCCCUCACACUCGUUGAUUGAACGAUAGUAAAUUUAACGUCAAAAAAUGUAUUGUUUGUUAGAGAAUUCGCGCGACAGGCGCUCGGUGCCCUUGAACCCAAACAUAGCUGCAUUUGAGGACACUCACAAGAACGUCGCUAAGAACAUCCUCGCCGUCUCUGGCGUGAAACAUCAACUUGAAUCCGCUCCUCGGCUUGUGUAGACACGGCCCCCAGUCCCCAUCCAUGACGUGUUGCCUCAACAUCUCAGCGCAGACUACGAACUACCUUGCUUGACAUCGUCAUUGCGUAGUAAAGUUCUAUAUAUAAUAGAAAAAAACACUAUAUGGUUUAGUGCGAUAAGUCUGGCAAGUUUGAUAAGAUAAGCCAAAGCUCAGCACUAAAGUCUGCAGACAACGCGCACUACAGCAGCAGCCGUCUCACUCGCAAGCACGGAGCACGGUGCUGUACGGCGCCGCACGACACGACACGGCACGGCACGGCGCGGAGUGACGAGCUCACUCGAAGACGUGCAGUGCUGUCGCUAUCAACGCUUUAUUUAUAAUGAAUUAACUACUAUUUAUGGAUUAUGACAGCCGUGUGUGACCUCACUAUUGUUAGGCGAUGGACCGAUAUAAAUCCGCCUUAGGCCUAGUAUAAUUAACAUUUUUAUGUAGGUAUGCGUAUUAUUGUUGAAAUUUUGCAUUCUUAUGUACUUAAAGUUUUAAAUACAAGAUUAUUUCCACAAAUAUUUAUAAUCGUAGCUUAUAAAGUCAAUUAUACAUUUUGUACAGACAUGUGACCUAUCCAGGCUCGUGAUAAUGUACAUAAAUUACUGACACAAUUAAAAUACGUAAUUGAAAUAUUAGUAAGUAGGUAUAGUAGUUCUUGAACUCGGCUUUCUCACAAAUUGUUCCCUCACAUCCGAACGAGCCGACCCUCCAACUCCGGGUUUUUGGUUCAGGCUCUUGAUCUUAUUCGUUACUCCGUCAACCAAUAUUGUCAUUCUGGUCUUUGAUAGGACGACACAUUCGCAUGUCAAUGCGAUUAAUGAUUUCUUUCUCAUCUAUGCAAGAAGUACAGUUAGAGUUCAAAAAACUUCAUCUUGCAGAGAUCCUCUGUGGUACUGAAUUGUCCAUUGAAUGUUUCAUUUGACCUUAUCGACUUCAUUCUAUAGAUUAUAUAUUUCUAGCUUAAGGAUAGUGUUCCUAGCAAAUAGAGUUGUUCAAAAGAAUUCAUUUUGUGAUAUAGUUUGUUAUGAUGAUGAAAGCAUUUUCUAAGAAAGCCGAGUUGUUUUGAACGCACAGAGAAGCUUUAAGUUGGCUCAAAGUGAUUAAAGGAUACGGGAACCGAGCGUGCGACGCGCCGGGCGCCCCAGUUGGACGUCGAGUCGAGGGUAGCCAGGGCGCGUCCGUGACAGAGCUUCAAUGGCUGUGAUGCGUGGGUGCGCAGGGUUACGACAAAAUAUUUAUUCAGAUGUAGGUUUAAUUAUUGUAGGAGAAUAAAACAUUUCCAAAUUUUACGUAGGUACCUUAGUAAGUAGAUAGACAGUAAUAUAGUAAUCGUAUUUAUGAUUAAUAACAGUUUUACGGCUAACAGAUCCUUAUGUUAUUCAUUUCAUACUCCUAAGUUUUUUCCUUUAGAUAGUUUACGUUUUUUGUGGGCCACCGGGUAAAAUAAGCAGGCAUCUAAAACUGUCCUUAAUCAUGAGUACAACUCGUCAAAGCAUAACAACAAAAAGACAACGACAUGAAUUUAGGUGCAAAACAAUUUAUUUUAUCAAUUUAUAUGAGGUCAAUGUACACAAAUUGAUGUAUUAAUAACAAAAUUACAGUUAUAAAUGCGUAACCUUUUGUAUUAUUAUAUAAUAAGUAUUAUCAAAUAAAGGGUCGCAUAGAAGCGGGAGGGCUCCACUAAGAUCCAUCGUGAAUAUGCGGCCCGAGUACUGUCACUCUGUUGUAUAGAACUUCGUUGUAAGCUUAAGUAGGUAGAAGAAUCCACUCUACCAUCCAAUCUACGAGUAUUAGUUAGUGUUGUUUUGUUGAAAUUGUUAUUGUUAAUAUAUUGAUUAUGAAUA